GGACGGUCAUUGAUUCGGUAACCAUGAGCGUGGAGUAAGAGAAGGACAGGUGGCGUAGAGGUGUUGGUGGAAUUGGUUAUAAAGGAAGAGGAGGGAAUGAAAUGAAAGAGCAAAGUAGAAGAGAAUGGGUGCUUUGGAUCACAUAUCAGAGCUGUUUGACUGCUCGAGUGGGAGUUCAAAAGUGAAGAAGAGGAAGCAAUUGCAGACGGUGGAGGUGAAAGUGAAGAUGGACUGCGAAGGAUGCGAGAGGAAAGUGAGGAAGGCGGUGGAGGGGAUGAAAGGAGUCAGCCAGGUGGAUGUGGAGAGGAAGGCCAACAAAGUGACGGUGGUGGGAUACGUCGAGGCCUCUAAGGUGGUCGCACGCAUCGCUCACCGCACAGGGAAAAAAGCAGAGCUCUGGCCCUAUGUCCCAUACGACGUCGUUGCGCAUCCCUACGCCCCCGGAGUCUACGAUAACAAAGCCCCCUCUGGUUACGUCCGGAACACCCACCACCCCAACCAUUCCCAUCUCGCACGUGCCACCUCCACUGAGGUCCGCUACACCACCGCUUUCAGCGACGACAAUCCAUCCGCCUGUGUCCUUAUGUGAUUCCAAAUUCUCUAUUAUUUUCACUUUCUCGCUCUUCAUCAAUCAUCGCCACAACUCUAAUGCACUUUUUAAUUCUUCCUCAACCACUUUUCUCUACCUCAAUACAUUAUUUUUAUCAA